AUGGAGCUCCCAUCGAAAUUGCACACACCAUUGUCUUGCACAGAAUGUUCAACUGGAGCCAAGUACUGCGAGUUAACAAACACUCACUAUAUUGAUGUUCGUGGAGAUGGAUUGUGCUUCUAUAGAUGUUUGGCUCUUUACCUUCAAAACGAUAUGUUGGCAGUGAAGGAAGCCAUCAUAGAAGAAAUUUUUCUCAAUUGGGAAUCGCACAAAUGCUUUUUCGUUUUUAAUGGAAAGUGCAUCUAUAAUAAUGCUCAAGAUUACAAAACGAAGAAUCUGACAAGACAGCCGAAUAGGUGCUGGGAAUACGCAACCGAUGUUGAAAUCGGUGUGUCCAGUAAGCUGUUUAAAGUUAACAUAGCAGUUAUUAAUGUCGGAAAUGGUGAAAAGACACCAUUGUCUCCAGCUCCAGAAGCAAUGAAUUUUUUUGGAAAUUCGACUAAUGUUUUGAAGUUUGCUAUUCGAGCUUCAAACCACUUGACUCAGGCUGCUCAUUUUCAAUUGUUUUCUGAAGUGCCUUCAAUGUUCGUAGAACAGUUUGAUAGCUUUUUUUUGGAAGUGGAAAAUGUUACUGGUAAUUCAGAUUCUGGAUUUGUUAAUGAUUCCCUUAUUUCUGAUUCUGAAGAAAGUGAAUUUGAGUUUAAUUUUCAUCUUUCGGACGAUGAGAUUAGUACCGAGUCAAGUUCUUCUGAUGAAGACAGUUUUGAUUUUAAUUCGUCUGGAGACGAUUUAGUUGAUGAAGAGUGGGUUGAGAAUUUGAUUGAACCCAUUGACAGUGAUGUCGAUGAUCCUGGUGAAAGAGCACCUUCUACUGGAAACCGUCCGAAUUUGAGUCGUCCAGCUGGUCGUCCUUGGAAUGUCGACAAAUUACAUUCAACUUUUCAGAAGAAACCACUCACCAGCAGACUUCCUAAUAAAAGGCAGACGUACAUGGUUGGUGCUUUGUUUGGGGAUGAAGACCUCAGCAAAGUUGUACCUCUGGAUUUUGAGUUGUGUGACGUUUGUUGUCCACAUUGCGAUGCAAAGUAUUGGAAGGCAGAAUUGUCGAGGACUCGCAAUGAUGCUGGCUUGAAGUGUUGCACCUAUGGAAAGUUUUUGCUUCCUGAGGCUUCAAGUUUUAAAACUCCAUCAGAUGAUAUUGUUGAAUUGUUUCGUGGACAAUCUCCACUUGCCAAGAAUUUUCAAUCAAACAUUCUGAAGUAUAAUAAGUUGUUUGCUACAAGUUUUGUUAGCGGUGACUUUCAGAAUGUCGGAAGCCGGCAGCAUGGUCUAUGGAGUUUAAAAGUAAAUGGAGAAGUGAAAUGGCACAACCAUUCUUACCAAGAUGAUGGUGAUCAGACAAGGCCACCCAACCAUGGUCAAAUUUAUUUUAUGGAUUUUUCGGAGGACAACUUCUCUACAAUUCUUGAAAAGCGCCGACAAGGUCUGCAGCAUAACGCUGAUUUGUCUGAUGACAUUUUACAACGUGUAGAAUUGUACCUUCGCCAGAACAACUGCUUUGUAAAGGCUUUUAAGACCACGAAGGAAAUUGAAUUGGAGGAACGCCAAAGAGCACUGGCUGAAAAUCGUCCGUUCCGUGACGUAGUAUUAGUCAUCAAUCCUAAAGAUCCUGCAACACGUGUCGUCCGUGUUGGGGACGAUUACGUUGAUCGUUUACUGAGAGGUACUCAGUAUACUAUUACGCCAGUUGCUGAUGGUGUAGGCGCAGUUUUUACUGGUCUAUUGCGUCCAAUGUCGUACGAUGCCAAGUAUUUCCCAAGACCCCAGGAAGCGGGUGAGCACGGCCCUGGUACCGUUGGACCUUCGCGAAGAACCUUAGACAUUCAGCAAUUUCCCUUGCUUCAUUUGCAUGGUGAAACUGCCCAUCUUGAUAUGGCUGAGGAGCGUGCUAAUCGCACUCCUUCUCUUGCUGAGUAUUAUCGGUAUCGUAUUGCAGUCCGUGAUGCUGAUUUUAAUGUUCUUCAUGAGGCCAAGAAGCUUUUUGCCAUGUACCUUAUAAAUGGUGCCUUAAAAGUCCUCUAUGAAUGGUUGUCGUAUAGAGCCUCUCAUCAGGAAACUCUCAAAGCUGAGUGUUAUAACACUCUUCGUCAAUUUGUGGCAGCAAGGGCGUUAGAACAGGGGAGAAGAAUUGGCAGGAUAGUCAUUUUGCCACCUGGUAUUUACGGAUCACCGCGUCAUAUGAAAAAUCAGUUUUAUGACGCUCUUGCUGUUUCCCAAAAAUUGGGACAUCCAUCGUGGAUGGUAACAUUGACUUGCAACACGAAAUGGCCUGAGAUUAUAAGAGAAUGUAGCCGUAGUGGCACUGAUCCUAACUACAGGUAUGACAUCGUCAAUAGAGCUUUUGAGAUGCGUGCCACUCAACUGUUCUCUGACAUAGUUCGUGAGCAGAUUUUUGGGAGAGUAGCUGGAGAGAUGACCGUCCGUGAAUUCCAAGGGCGUGGUCUAACUCAUACUCAUGGGUUGUACAUCAUGAAACCUGAAGAUGCACCCAACUGCAGUGCCGAUAUCGAUAAGAUUAUCUGUGCACAUUUUCCUGAUGAGAGGAAGGAUCCCCAGCUGUUUGAUUUGGUUCGCAAGUUCAUGGUCCACGGACCCUGUGAUUCAAAUUCACCUUGCCACAAAAAAACAGGAAAGUGCAAGCAUGGAUUUCCAUUUGAUUUUCGAGAUGAAACUGAUAUAUCUGGCAAAAGGCCAUUAUAUCGUCGUCCUAAUGAUGGACGUGGUUUUUUCAAGAGGGUUAAUGGAGUCCUUAUGUUUAUCGACAACCGCUGGGUAGUACCUCACAAUCCUUUCGUUUUGCUUCGGUAUGUUGGUCAUGUCAACAUCAUUUACAGUCCUUCAUGCUCUGGAUGUAAGUAUUUUUAUGGCUACCUUUUAAAAGGCAGCUAUGGAAAUAAAGUUCAAGUUUCCAUUGUGAAGCAAAAUGAAGAAAGACCACCUGGUGAUCCCUAUGUCCAUGAUGAAGUUCAAGAGUUCAAGGAGAUGAGAAACAUGGGUCCAUAUGAGGCCCACUAUUACAUAAUGGGAAAUUCUCAGGCCCAUAUUUAUCCACCUGUUGAGGUUCUUCCAGUUCAUGAAGAAUUCAAGGAAGUUAUCAUUCACGUUGAAGGUGGCGAAGAAGCGGCUGUCGAAAGGCAUGUUGGCACAAAGCUUACUGCAUGGUUCGACCUUAAUCUUCGUAAUGGUCCUCAUCGUGGCAAAUUGUACACAGAUGUCGUUGAAAAUUAUCUUUAUAAAGAUAAUUCUUGGAAGCCAAGUCAGCGGCAUACUAUUGGCCGUCUUCCGCCUCUUGCUUGCAGUCCCUUGAACUCUGAAUUGUAUCACAUUCGUUUAUUGUUGUGUAAUCGAAGUGAUGUUACAAGUUUUGUGGCCUUGAAGACUGUUGAUGGCAUUGUUCAUCCAACAUACAAGUCAGCAUGUGCCGCUCUUAAUUUGAUUGAAAAUGAGGAUGAAUUAAUCCUUUAUAUGGAAGAAGCUGUUCGUGAGCAGUUUCCUAAAACAUUGCGUGCUUCAUUUGCUGUAAUGUUGUGUAAUGGCAAUCCUGUGGAUCCAGGUGGUCUUUGGCUCAGAUUCAAAGAAGAUCUUGCGUCAGAUUUCCUUAGCGAGAUUGAAGAUGAUGAAGAGCUUGCCUUUCAAUUAUGUCUCAGAGACAUUUCUGAGAUAUUGAGGGAGUUCGGAAAAUCUCUUGAAGAUUAUCAUCUGCCUCCAUUAAGUCACAUUGUCCUUGAACGUUUUAAUGACGUCUCAGUAUCUCCACUUGCUGUUUCUCUCGAGGUGGCAACCGAGUUGAUUCAGAAGUUAAACGUUGAACAACGUUUGUUUUUUGAUGCUGUUGUCAAUUCUGUUUGCAAUGGUAGUGAAGAACAGUGUUUUUUCCUUACUGGUCCUGGUGGAACUGGCAAAACAUUUACGUAUAAUGUUUUAAUUGAUUACAUGCAAGCACUUGGCAAGAGCGUAGUGGUUACUGCUUACACUGGUGUGGCAGCUAAUCUCCUACGAAAUGGUUUGACAAGCCAUAAGGCUUCUGGUUUGCCGUUUGAGGAUGAGGGUCUUGGACUUUCUAGAAGUACACUUAAGCUUCAGAGUCUAGAAGCACAGAAGCUCAGAAGUGCUGACCUCAUUAUUUGGGACGAAGUCUCAAUGGUCCAUGCAUGGCAUUUGCAUGUUGUGGACAACUUUUGGCGUGACUGCAUGGAGAGCUCUGAGCUGUUUGGUGGUAAAAACAUAAGGUAUGAAUUAACCCAAAAUUUGAGAGCACUUGAAGAUCCUGAGUUUGCUGAUUGGCUUCUUAAAGUUGGCGAUGGCAGUGCUAAUAAGCCCGGAACCACAGAAAUCAAAUUAGAUUCUGAUAUGGUUGUUAAUGGCAUCGACAAAGUUAUAAAUCAUUGUUUUGGUAAAAACAUUGAUAAGCCAGAUGCUUAUGAUGCAGCUAUUCUUUGCCCUACAAAUGCUUCCGCCACAUUUGUAAACAACUUAGUUAUGGAUCGUCUGCUUAAAGGAAGAACAGAUGAUCGAACAUACUUUUCUACCACUUCGCUUAUAAAGCACAAGGGGCUUCAGGAUGAAGAUGUUAAUCUGAGGUAUCCUACAGAGUACCUUAACUGCCUUGAGUCUGCAUCUAUUCCGCCACAUAAACUUCAUUUAGUUCCUGGAGCUAUUGUUAUGCUUAUUAGAAAUUUGAGAGUCAGUGGUGGCCUUUGUAAUGGCACACGGCUGAAAGUUGUUAAACUUUAUCCAAACUGCAUAAUCUGUGAAAUAAUGAAUGGUUCUCAGAAAGUUAACAAGAGUCAAGGGCAGACCCUCAUUAGAGCAGGGCUGUACCUAAGAACGGCACUUUGGUCUCAUGGCCAGUUUUAUGUCUCUGCAAGCCGAGUCAAAUCUCGAUCGGCAUUAAAAAUUUUAGUGGAAGAUGGUCUUAGUCAAGGAAAAAGAGACAUAACAGUCAAUGGAAAGACAAAAUCCGAACAUUUUUCACAAAAUGUAGUUUAUAAUGAAGUGUUAAGAGCUGCCGGCUACCUUCCACCGUACUAA